GCGGCCGUGGAGGGGAAGGUGGCGGUUUCCCCUGAGGAGGGUGUUUGUCUUUAAAGCUGACGCUCCCCGUCCCGCUCCCCGCAGGGAAGGCUGAGGGCGCUGCCGGCGCUGAAGUCCUUGUUGGGGUCCCCGCCCGGGAGCCUCUCUCAGCGGUCCUUCUGACUGUGUGAGGGGAGCUGAUUAACAGGCUGUGGGGACGCCUUUGAAGGCACAUUCUGUGACUCCUCAACAUAUUGUCUCCUGAGGAAACAACCCAGACCCCAUCAGGACCAGGACCAAAUGGCUGCUUCUCAGGGACCGUUGACCUUCAGGGAUGUGGCCAUAGAUUUCUCUCAGGAGGAGUGGGAAUGCCUGGACCCAGAUCAGCGGAAAUUGUACCUGGAUGUGAUGUUGGAGAACUACAGCAACCUGGUGUCCGUGGCUAUACCAUCUAAAGAUAACCAAGCCUUUAUGCCAAAGCCCAGAAUACAGGAUUUAUUCCCUGAAAUAAUACUGAAUACACAAAAUGGAGAUAGCAGUUAUCAGUGGAUUGAACAUUGGAAGAAAUCUAAGCAAGAGUCAUAUCUUAAUCAUCGGACAAGUGAGCUCACAGGGGACCAAUGUAAAAGUGGAAAUGUCUUUGACCAAAUGUCUUUUCACAAUAUACGUCAGGUUAUUCCUAUUGUGGAAAACACACACAAACGUUCACAAUGUGGCAAAGCCUUUAGCAUACCCUCCACCCUUAUUCUUCAUCAUAGAAUGCACACUGGAGAGAAACCUUAUAAAUGUAGAGAAUGUGGCAAAGCAUUCCUCCAAGCCUCAUACAUGAAUCGACAUCAGAAAGUUCAUACUGGAGAGAAACCUUACAAAUGUAGAGAAUGUGGCAAAGCCUUUACUAAGUCCUCCAACGUUAAUCGUCAUCAGCGUACUCAUACUGGAGAGAAGCCUUACAAAUGCAUGGAAUGUGGCAAAGCAUUCAUUGAAUUUGCAAAACUUAAACAACAUCAAACAGUUCACUCUGGAGAGAAGCCUUACAAAUGCACAGAAUGUGGCAAAGCAUUCAUUGAGUUUGCAAAACUUAAACAACAUCAAACAGUUCAUACUGGAGAGAAGCCUUAUAAAUGUACAGAAUGUGACAAAGUCUUUAGGUGUUCUUCAAGACUUAGAAUUCAUCAGAGAAUUCACACUGGGGAGAAACCUUACAAAUGUAGAGAAUGUGGCAAAGCCUUCAGUAAUUCCUCCUCCCUUAAUAGACAUCAGACAGUUCAUACUGGUGAGAAGCAAUACAAAUGUACAGAAUGUGGCAAAGCCUUUGCUGACUCCUCAUCCCUUCGUUAUCAUCAGAGAGUUCAUACUGGAGAGAAGCCGUUCAAAUGUAAAGAAUGUGGCAAGGCAUUCAGUUUCGCAGCAUCCCUUAAUUAUCAUCAGAGAGUUCAUACUGGAGAGAAGCCUUAUAAAUGUAGAGAAUGUGACAAAGCCUUCAGCCGCUCUUCAUCCCUUAAUCAGCAUCACAGAGUGCAUACUGGUGAGAAGCCUUUCAAAUGUAAAGAAUGUGGCAGAGCAUUCAGUUCGGCAUCAUCCCUUAAUUAUCAUCAGAGAGUUCAUACUGGAGAGAAGCCUUAUAAAUGUAGAGAAUGUGGCAAAGCCUUUAGGAAGUACUCACACUUUACUUCUCAUCAGAGAGUUCAUACUGGAGUAAAGCCUUAUAAAUGUAGAGAAUGCGCCAAAUCCUUUGGCACCUCCUCAGACCUUACUAGGCAUCAGAGAGUUCAUUCUGGAGAGAAGCCUUAUAAAUGCAGAGAAUGUGGCAAAACCUUUAGCCAGUCCUCGCUCCUUACUUCUCAUCAGAGAGUUCUCCAUGGAGUGAAGCCUUAUAAAUGUAGAGAAUGCGCCAAAUCCUUUGGCUUCUCCUCAGAGCUUACUAGGCAUCAGAGAGUUCAUACUGGAGAGAAGCCUUAUAAAUGCAGAGAAUGUGGCAAAGCCUUCAGUCAGUCCUCAAACCUUAUAUAUCACCAGAGAGUUCACACUGGAGAGAAGCCUUAUAAAUGUAGAGAAUGCGACAAAUCCUUUGGCUACUCCUCAGAGCUUACUAGGCAUCAGAGAGUUCAUACUGGAGAGAAGCCUUAUAAAUGCAGAGAAUGUAGCAAAGCCUUUAGCCAGUCCUCACAUGUUACUUCUCAUCAGAGAGUUCACACUGGAGAGAAGCCUUAUAAAUGUAGAGAAUGUGCCAAAUCCUUUCGCUACUCCUCACAGCUUACAUCUCAUCAGAGAGUUCACACUGGAGAGAAGCCUUAUAAAUGUAGAGAAUGCGCCAAAUCCUUUGCCAACCCCUCAAACCUUACUAAGCAUCACAGAGUUCAUACUGGAGAAGCCUUUCAAAUGUAAAGAAUGUGGCAAGGCAUUCAGUUUUGCAGAAUCCCUUAAUUAUCAUCAGAGAGUUCAUACUGGAGAGAAGCCUUAUAAAUGUAGAGAAUGUGGCAAAGCCUUCUGCCACCCUUCAUCCCUUA